GGACAAAAACAACGGGUACGAGUACGAGACACAAAUCAAGUGACUGCAACUCUUAAACCCUUUGUAGUUUAAACCUCUGGUCUAGUCUGGUGCUUAUUGUUGAAAACAACACAAAGGAGCUCCUACGAAGAUGCAGGGUGCCGUAAGAAAACUAACCAGGAUAAUUUCACACAGACAAGUUGUAGGUUUUCGUUCCUAUUGCACUGACAAGGUUGUUGUUGAUAUUGGACAACCAACCUCCGCGUCUCAUCCGCAGCUACUAAAAGAUGGGGAUCUCACACCGGGUAUAUCUACGGAGGAAUACAUCCUAAGAAGAAAAAAGUUAUUGGAUCUUCUCCCAGAGAAGAGUUUGGCAAUCAUUGCUGCUGCCCCAGUAAAGAUGAUGACAGAUGUUGUGCCUUACACAUUUCGACAAGAUGCUGAUUACUUGUAUAUCACAGGCUGUCAACAACCUGGUGGUGUGGCCGUUUUAGGACAUGACUGUGGUUUAUGCAUGUUCAUGCCAGAAGCUAAGCCUAAUGAUGUGAUUUGGCAAGGGCAGAUAGCAGGAGUUGAUGCAGCAUUAGAUGCAUUCAAGGCUGACAAGGCAUAUCCAAUGAAAAAAUUGCAAGAGAUCCUUCCAGAUAUGAUAAGGGGAUCAUCAAAAUUGUUCCACAAUGUAGAGACUGCAACUCCAGCAUAUAUGGAACUGGAAGCCUUCAAAACGCUAGCUUACUGUAACAAUGUAAGGGAUCUAACUGUUUAUACCCAUCAACUGCGAUGGAUAAAGUCACCAGCAGAGCUCAAGCUGAUGAAGGAAUCUGCAUCAAUUGCUUGUCAGGCUCUUUUGUUGACAAUGCUACAUUCAAAGACAUACCCUUUUGAAGGUAUGCUAGCGGCAAAGGUUGAAUAUGAAUGCAAAAUUAGAGGUGCUCAGCGGAUGGGAUUCAAUCCUGUGGUUGGUGGUGGGCCUAAUGGAAGUGUUAUACAUUAUUCUAGGAAUGAUCAGAGAAUUAAACAUGGAGACCUUGUUUUGAUGGAUGUUGGAUGUGAGUUACAUGGUUAUGCCAGUGAUCUUACUCGUACCUGGCCACCUUGUGGUAGCUUUUCUUCUGCUCAGGAGGAGCUUUAUGCGCUUAUACUGGAAACAAAUAAGCAUUGUGUGGAACUUUGUAAGCCGGGUGCCAGUAUUCGGCACAUACACAACCAUUCGGUUGAAAUGCUGCAGAAAGGACUCAAAGAGCUUGGGAUUUUGAGAGAUGUUGGAAGCAGUUCCUACCAUAAGCUGAACCCAACUUCUAUAGGUCACUAUCUAGGGAUGGACAUUCAUGAUUGUUCAAUGGUUAGCAAUGACUGUCCUCUGAAGCCAGGUGUUGUAAUAACUAUUGAACCAGGAGUGUACAUCCCAUCUUCUUUUAAUGUUCCAGAGAGGUAUCGAGGCAUUGGGAUACGGAUUGAGGAUGAGGUUCUCAUCACAGAAACUGGUUAUGAGGUCCUAACAGCAUCAAUCCCAAAAGAAGUGAAGCAUAUUGAGUCCUUGCUGAACAAUUUCUGCCAUGGAAUGGGAGCGAUGGACAGCCAAAACAACUAAAGAGCCUAUAGCCCAAUUGAUAUAUUGGCCAUACGCUUGCAUUCAAGAACCAGGACUGCGAAUCCUUGAGACUUGCAUGGCACUGUCCAGAGCAGCAACUGAAUUUCUAUCCUUUUGUUUUGGUCUCUUGCAUAUUUUUUCAACCUGGGAAACAUGUAUUCUAUAAUCUUUACUGGGAAAACAAGGUGAUGGUGGUGGGGUUAUGUCAUUUAUGGUGUGUUUGGAUUUGGAUAAGAGAAAAGAAAAUAGAGAAAAAAAAAGAGAAGAAAAUAUGGAUAACAAUAUAUUUUCUUUUAUUUGAUUGAAGAGGAAAAUAAAGAGAAAAUUUUGACUCUGACUAAAAGUUCAAUUUUAUUUCUUUCAAUUUUCUCUUCAAUACAAAAAAAAAAUAGUUUUUUUUCUCUCUUCUCGCUUUCUUUCUCUUCAACCAAAUGUAACUUAGGUAGUUUAUUGUUGUUCCUUUGGCUAGACGUGUUCCCUAACAUGUUUUGGUGCCGAAUCAUGGCUCAUUUCAUGUCGGGUUCUUCAUUGUUGUAAAUGAUUGAUGAUUCAUGAUAUCAACAAAUGGCCGGCUCUAGAUACUAAAUUGUUCACAGUUGUUGGAAUGUAAUCUUUUGCGCAAACUUUUGGACAAA